AUGGACGGCUCAAAACUCCACGUAGCUAUUCUCGCAAGCCCUGGCAUGGGACACCUCAUCCCUGUCAUGCUUCUGGCCAACCGCCUAGCCACCCAACACGGCGUUAAAGUCACAGUUCUUGUAGUCACGACUGCUUUUUCACCGCCGGAAUCCCAUUUGCUCAAACUCCCCACCGAGAAAAACCUUGUUGAAAGAAUUGAACUACCGCCUGUUGACAUUUCACACCUUAUAAAACCUGACACCGCAGUAGUGGAACAACUGUGCAUGAUGCUACGCGAGGCGAUGCCGGGAGUCAGAUCCACCAUCUCCGCCUUGAACCACCGCCCCGAUGCCCUUAUCGUGGACCAUUUUGGCACUGAAGCUCUUCCUAUUGCGGCUGAGUUCAACAUGGCGAAGUAUGUGUAUGUGCCCACAGCAGCAUGGUUUGCUGCCCUCACUAUAUACUGUCCGGUUCUUGAUAAAGAAGUCGAGGGACAGUAUGUUGAUCAACAAGAUUUGUUGAAAAUUCCUGGUUGCAAACCGAUUCGACCGGAGGACGUGGUCGAUCCCAUGCUCGACCGGAACGAUCAACAAUAUUAUGAGUAUGUGAGCAUGGGGAAUCGGAUUCCACAGUUUGAUGGGAUACUGCUGAAUACGUGGGAAGAUUUGGAAUCUACAACACUGAAAGCUUUCAAGGAAAACGAAAUCUGGAGGUCAAUUGUGAAGAUCCCGGUUCAUCCCAUUGGCCCACUGAGGAGGCCGGUCCAACCAGACGGUUCAAAGAGUGCAGUAAUAGAAUGGUUAGACAAGCAGCCUAAUGAUUCAGUAGUAUUUGUUUCAUUCGGAAGUGGUGGGAUGCUGUCGGCUCAGCAAAUUACAGAGUUGGCUUUCGGCUUAGAAAUGAGUGAACAGAAAUUUAUUUGGGUGGUGCGCCCACCCACGGAAGGUGCUGCUGACGAUGCUUUUUUCACCUCGAAAACUGUCGGUUCUGAUGGCACUCCCUACUACUUACCAGAAGGAUUUUCGACCCGAACAGGCAAUUUAGGACGUGUGGUCUCAAUGUGGGCUCAACAGGUGGAGAUCCUCAACCACCCUUCGGUGGGGGGAUUUAUGACACACUGUGGAUGGAACUCGACUCUAGAGAGCAUUUGCAGUGGGGUACCAAUGAUUGCAUGGCCGCUCUAUGCAGAGCAAAGACUCAACGCCACAUAUCUUGUGGAGGAGCUUGGGAUCUCUGUCCGACCUCUGGUGUUGCCCACCAAAAAUGUGGUAGCGCGAGACGAAAUAGAGAAAAUGGUGAGGUCCUUGAUGGAUGACGAAGAAGGCAAGAAAAUGAGAGAAAAUGUUAAAAAACUGAAAAUCAGAGCUGAAAAUGCUCUAUGCGAAGGAGGCUCAUCGCACCAUUCAUUGUCAGAGAUGCUCAAACAUGUUGCUGCUAAACUUAAAGUCUAA